AUGGUGACGACGUCCCUUGUCAUGCCGAUCGCCUUUCUGGGGCCACUGAACGAAAAUAUUUCGCUGGCAAUAGUGGAGGGAGCCACAUACCUCAGUCUCUUUCUUCUUUUGCUCCAUGUGCACUCGUCUGGCAAACGCAACGCCACCAUGUUACUCGCUGCAAUGCUUCAAGUUCUCGUGGUGGAGCUGAUUUUCUAUCACAGUGACCGCUGGCAUGCGCAGGCGCUAGUGAUGCUGGUAUCUGAACAUCUGCCUCUGUAUACUGUGCUACUACAGGCUCAGCUCUAUUACAUAGCGUUCGUUGUGACGUCGCGAUUGCGCAUCGAUCCAUUCUUCCAACCGUUUGUGAUGGGGUCGUUGAUGCUGAUGCUGCUAUUCCCAAUUGAGCUGUUAGGCACCAAAUUUCUUUGGUGGACGUGGCACGAUACAGAUCCUCUCCUUGCUGACCGCUUGAUGGGCGUACCAUGUCACUUACUCUUUUACAAUUACUUCUUUGCUUUUGCAUUUCUUUGUGUGCACUUUAUUCUGCGCAGCACUUGGCUUACGGGCGACUACUACGAGGAGAAACGCUGGAAAUCCGAGUGGGGCUAUGUUUUGUUGAUGCCACUUAUUACCACCAGUUUUGCCGUUUGCUUUCUCAUUUUGGGCUACUAUACACCCGUUCAUCUCAUGGGAAUUCAAGCGCAGGUAUCCUUCUUUAUAUUGAUCGGAUUGAGCUUGCUACUCGUCUGGAUGGCUGAUCGAGAGAGAGACUCGCCUGAUGUACAAAAAGCUUUGGAGCCUAUGGAUGCUUACGAUAGCGACUGGUUGUCCUCGUGCAUUGACCAUGCCAUAAACCAGAUGGUGUUUUUGCUCUACUUUGUCCUAGUGCUACUAACAUUGUUUAUCAACCCCACGGAGAUCGUGUCACUGGGCCAUCAUCAACCACUGGGGAAGUGUCUUGAGAGUGAGUGGUUUUAUUCACUCAUGGGUAUGAAACACCACCGCAAAAAGUAUCUCUGUGUGCACGACUUCAACGAGGCAUUCAAUUUAUGCAACUAUCCGGUCACGCAACUGCUAUACGAGGACUCAUGGUACAUGAUCUGCGGACGCGGAUACGAAAGCUUUGCGACCUACUUGGCGCUGAUUGUAAGCAGCUUCAUUGGACUUAAUUUGCUGAUGUAUCAGAUUCUCAAACGGCCGCAGUAUACGCAGGCCGUGUCAUUCCGCCAUCAAUGA